AUGACUGAUAGUGCCAAUAAGGAAGCUCCUUCAGAGCAUAUUAACAUCAAAGUGCAAGGACAAGAAGGGUCAAUUAUUCACUUCAAGAUACGGAAAAGCACACCUUUCAAGAAAUUAAUUACUGCUUAUUGCGAUCGACUGGGCGUUAAUCAGUCUGCUGUGCGGUUUUUUUUCGAUGGAAAUAGCGUUCAUGAAACUGAUACUCCUGGCUCGAAAAUGAUACCGUUGAAGUUUUCCAGGCACAAACUGGUGGAUUUGACAUUCAUAGAUGAUGACUUGUCAAAAUUUCUGCUACGCAUUUCCUUCAAUAUUAUAAUUCUUGAAGAUAUUUUAUUACGCGCUUCUAAUGUAGCCCGUGCCUGA